UUCUGAUGUUCCUUAUUCACCGCCACCACUACACAUCGAUGCGGUUCGCACCGUUCCGCUUGCGACCCACCGCUACACCGGCCAUCCUCCGCGCCAACUCUCUUAUUCACCGCUAUGGCCGUCUCGGUCGCAUCGAGGAAGCCGAGAGGAUCUUCCACGCUAUGCCCGAGCGCACCGUCGUCUCCUUCAACGCCCUUAUCGCCGCCUACUUUCUCAACCACCUCCCCCUCUGCGCCCGACACCUCUUCGACCGAAUGCCCCUCCGCAACACCGCCUCCUACAACGCCAUGCUCUCCGGCCUCCUCCGCUGCCCCCGCCGCCUCGCUGAAGCCCGCGCCCUCUUCGACUCCAUACCCCACCCCAAUGUCGUCACGUGGACCUCCAUGAUCCGCGGCUAUGUCCAGCACGGCCUUGUCGCCGAGGCCGAGGAGCUCUUUCUUCGCAUGCCCGAGCGCAACGUCGUCUCAUGGACAGUCAUGCUUGGCGGUCUCAUCCAGGACUGCCGCAUCAAUGACGCCAGGCAGCUUUUUGAUCGGAUGCCCGAGAAGGACGUCGUUGCCUGGACCAACAUGGUCUCAGGAUACUGCAUCGCUGGCCGCAUCGCUGAGGCCAGGGAGCUGUUUGACGAGAUGCCAAGGCGGAAUGUUGUCUCCUGGACGGCUAUGAUCUCGGGGUACUUGCAGAACCUGCAGGUCGAUGUUGCAAGAAAGCUGUUCGAGGUGAUGCCGGAGAGGAACGAGGUCUCUUGGACUGCAAUGAUCACCGGCUACACCCAGGCAGGCCGUGUUGGGGAGGCAGCGGAGCUUUUUUGGAGGAUGCCGGAGAAAUUGCUGGCCGUUUGCAAUGCUAUGAUUCUUGGUUUUGGGCAGCAUGGCAUGGUGGAGGAAGCAAGGAAGGUCUUCGACGGGAUGGUCGAUCGUGAUGAUGGAACUUGGAGUGCGAUGGUCAAGACAUGCGAACAGAAUGGGCUUGAAAUGGAAGCACUUGACAACUUCCGCCAAAUGCAGAUGAACGGGAUCCAGCCAAAUUUUGCUUCAAUUAUCAGCGUGCUCUCUGUUUGUGCCAGCCUAGCAAUUCUUGAUCUUGGGAGGGAGGUCCAUGCAGCACUUGUGAGGUCCCAUUUCAACGAUGAUGUCUUUGUUGUCUCGGCUUUGGCAACGAUGUAUGUUAAAUGCGGUGAACUUGUGAAGGCAAGGAAGGUCUUUGAUAAGUUUGAUGCAAAGGAUGUUGUGAUGUGGAACUCAAUGAUCACUGCCUAUGCUCAACAUGGUUUAGGGGAGGAAGCUUUGAAUAUCUUUAAUGAUAUGAGGGACAUAGGUAUGGUGCCCAAUGAGAUUAGCUAUAUUGGGGUUCUGUUGGCUUGUAGUUAUUCAGGAAAGAUCAAGGAAGGGCGGGAAAUUUUUGAAUCAAUCAGUUCAAAUCCUUUGGUUGAGCUAAGAGCUGAGCACUAUGCUUGCAUGGUUGAUCUACUUGGUCGAGCAGGCCUUGUUGAUGAAGCAAUGAAUUUGAUCAAAAAGAUGCCAAUGCAAGCUGAUGCUGUUGUUUGGGGUGCUUUGCUAGGUGCAUGUAGGACUCACAGGAAUACAGAUAUCGCUGAGAUUGCUGCCAAGAAGCUUCUACAUUUGGAGCCUGGUAAUGCUGGACAUUAUGUCUUGCUAUCUAACAUUUAUGCUUCAAGUGGGAGAUGGGAAGAUGUUGCUGAGCUGAGGAAGGUGAUGAGCUCAAGGAAGGUGAGCAAGUCUCCAGGUUGUAGUUGGAUUGAGUUUGACAAGAAGGUGCAUAUGUUCACCUCAGGGGACAUGUUGGCACAUCCUGAGCAUGCUAUUUUAAGUGGCAUGUUGGAGAAAUUAGAUGGUCUGUUGAAGGAGGCAGGGUACUUUCCAGAUGGUGCUUUUGUGCUCCAUGAUGUUGAUGAGGAGCAAAAGGCUCAUAACCUGCGAUACCACAGUGAGAGGCUGGCAGUGGCAUUUGGAAUUUUAAAGAUUCCUGAAGGAUUGCCAAUCCGUGUCAUGAAGAACCUGAGGGUUUGUGGGGAUUGCCAUUCAGCUGUUAAGUUGAUUGCAAAGAUCACUGGCCGAGAGAUCAUUUUAAGAGAUGCUAACAGAUUCCACCAUUUCAAGAGUGGAUCUUGUUCUUGCAGGGAUUAUUGGUGAAUUCAAAUCUUGGCAUUAUCACUUCAAAGGAAGACUUGAACAGAUAUUUUGUGUCAAGGUGAUCAUUCUCGGUCUUACAUUUUCCUCGUGUUUAUAAUGCGGGGAAGGCAGCCCAGUCUUGGUUAUACCAUAUUGAGUGGUUGGUUUUAUCUGUCAUAUUCUUUUUCUGGAUUGGACCUACUUCUGAUACCAAGUGAGGAGAUACAAGAUGUUGCCAGAUGCAGGGUUAAAUAUAAUAUAUGCUGCGUAAAGCAAACAGUUCAAGAUCCCAAGGCUGGUUACUCCUGAUUGUCAUCUCACUAUUUCACCUAUCCAGAAGCUCAGAAAGUUACUGAACUCUAGGUAAAUGCUCAAGAUCUCAUAUUAGUACGAAAAGAGAAACUGACUGUACCAUUCUGAUUAUCUGCGGAAGCUCCUCAAGUGAUCACUCUUACAAUUUUAUUCUAGAAAUAUCAAUGCCAAAAGAGGUUUAUCUGAUGGAACUUAUGGGUGUUUAGUAGAUAAUCAAGUUGUAUGUAUAGUGUGGGAGCCAGAUUGUCAAGCAAAGAACUUAAAAAAGAUAAGUGAAAACCAUCACAUCUGAUUAAAAAAUUUUGUUCAUGUUAUUCUGAACAUCUUCGAUUGUUUUACUUUAUUUGUUUUUAUCCAUUGGUUUUCGAGAAAAUAAGUAAUCUGAUCCGAAAUAAAAAGAAUAACUAUGACUAGUGUUUUUUACUCAAUUUUAUCUGUAGCCUCUUAAAAACCUUUGCCAACCAGAGGAGUGUACUAAACACUUGGGAGUUAUGAUCUGCCUGAUGUUGGGAAAGCAAGUAGCAUUAAAGCGACUGGUAAUGUACCAUUUGAUGCUAGUGAGAUUCUUAGAAACUUUGUGCUUAUGAACAUUACAGAUGCAUCUGUUGAGAUAUGGGACUUAAAGCACAAUGUGUAAAUCUGGAUUCAAGCAAAGAAGAAGAAUCUUGCAUCUCAUUUUGUUUUGUUUGGGAAGAUAAUGCCGUGAACCCAUUAGCCACAAACAGUUCGUGUUGUAGGGAAUUUCCAAUUUUACUUGGGUCAAUUAGUAGAGGAAAAGGCAUACAGUUCAAACUUACACCGAGAUAAAUACAUCAGAAUAUCCUACGUUCAAAGGCUAUGUUUAUUUGCAAACUGGUUCUAUUAGCUUAACAUAACAUUUGAGACUGGAGCAAGUAAUAGGAUACCUUUUUUCCGCAUCAUUAUUCUUUUUUGAUUGAUAUUAAUCAAGACCAACACCACUUUGUAGUCCUUCUGAUUUAGGUUUUUAUACCACUGAAAUCGACAGUGAUCAAACGUUGCAUUCCUAAUGAAGAAAGUAUUAAGCUAUUGGUUUUAAAAUCAAAUUAAGAGUUUAGUAGAUUUUGUUGUGGCUGUGGUAAUUUGGUAUAAUUUUUUCACUAUUUUACUUUUUUAUUAACCAAGUGUUCCCUUCAGAUGUAUCCAAUUGAAUUUUCAGCUUUUUCCUUCCAGCUGCCAGUUUUUUUACAGAACUAUAUUUUCCUUGAUAGAUGCCUAUGUGUUGAUUUAUUUUGUAUGUUAUAUAUAUGUGGUUUCUAUAGUUUCUAUGGAUUCAUGCUACUUCUAUAUUGAUGAUGCUUUGACCAAGAAGAUACUCUAGUUGUCUGCGGACACCUUAGCUCAAAUCAAAUAUGCGGACGGACGGAUGGACGGACGCUCGCAUUACUGUGAGCUUGCGCCUCGCUUGGACACCUCAGCCCAAGUUCAUUGCGUCGUGUCAGAUAUUUCGGCCACUUGCACUGUUGCUUUUAACCUCGGUAGCAUGGAGGGCAAUUAAAUUUGGGGGAUUUCAGAAGGGCCCCGGUGGGGGGGGGGGACACGAAUCCGUGCGACACAGGGCUGGAUCUCAGUGGAUCAUGGCAGCAAGUCCACUCUACCACUUACAAUGCCUCAUUGCAUAUUUAAGUCGUCUGCAAAGGAUUCGGCCCAUCGUCCGUGUGAAAUUUCACUCCCCGAUGGCCACCCGUGGCUAUACCACCAUGGGGGCUACACUGAUGACACGAGCCCAUGGUUGUUGCAGGUGAAAGCUUGAACAUAAAAGCUAUUUGAUGCAUCAGUUGGAGCAAUCUGCCCUGAAAAAAUUACUGGUGUAAUGAACUUUAUUGUAGCUUGAAAGGCCAUUGAAACGAGUAGGAUUCUUUUUUGCUUUACCCAAGCUUUCUAAGAUCUUGACAAAGAAUCACUCUCGAGAGCUGAAAACUUGUAUUGCUUCAUCCAGGACUGGUCCAAGAUGCUCCUGAUAGUUUUCUGAGAGGUUUUUUUUAUGAACAGCUUUUAUUGUGAGGGAAGCAAAACUAUAGGACACUCAACUGUACAAUGGGAACACUGCAGCUGCUGGACUAUUGAACCUUGAGGAUGUCAAAGAUGCUAAGGAUGCAUUUGAUGUGGAGUAGAAUGGUCUCACAGUUACCUUUGCUGCAAACUGUUGUACCCGAGGAUUUUUAAUGCUCGUGGCAAAUUUUCCUUUUUAAAUUAUCACCUUUAUCAGUUUCUUUUAUUUUCCGUUCA